CGGAGCCCGUAAUUGGCGAAAACGUGCCGAAUAUUGAAAGAAAUCCUGUCCAGUAAACAUGAAUCUCGGUUGCUGGCAAUCGUAGUUUCGGCUUGCUUCAGUGUGAUAGCCGGUGGCCGAGUACCCUCAUCCGUGGGACUAUUGUUCUCAUACUGGGUCGUGUACUUUUGUUCCCCAACACACGCAGCGCAAUCGAUUUUAAUUCAAUUAGAACAAAGCAAGGCAUACUUUAAUCAACACUCCAUGCGCUUCGUUAACAGUGUGCCACUCGCGAGUUGGUCAGUUCUCCGGCAUCCGUACAACUUCGCUUAACACGCCGUCCGUGCGUUCUGCUUACCCUGCAUAAAGCAGGAAACAGAGAACGGAACUGCCUGCACUGUGGCCCUGGCGGAGCAGCAACAACCCGACCAUCCGGACGUACUGUUGUUGUGCAGAAGCGGAAAACGAUGAAAAAACGGAGCAGUCCUCCGCCGGCCGCCGACCGCGGCAUUGGCAAUGAAACGCAGUCACUGCACGCCUCAGAGCGCACGAUGGUCAUUAACGAGUUUAAGUUUAUCAACGAGCGGCCGGUCGACGAUAUAUCGCUGAACUUUUUCUACAAACCCCACACGAUCACCCUGCUGGCCGUUUCGAUAUUCGGAGUGAUGUACUUUGCGUUCGUACGUGAUCAGUCGGAUAUUCACGAAAACAUAUGGGCCGGCAUGGUGUGUGUGAUCUUCUUUUUCCUCAUAAUCUCCGUGCUCGCGUUUCCGAAUGGACCGUUCACCCGUCCGCAUCCGGUGGUCUGGCGCAUGCUGUUCGGGCUUUCGGUGCUCUACCUGAUGUUCCUACAGUUCCUCAUGUUCCAAGACUACAAGUCGAUCAUGGGCAUCUUCUAUUGGUUCGAUCCCAAGCUGAAGGACUUUCACAUCGACAUGGAGAAGCAAUAUGCCACCAACUGCUCGGAUAUGUCGCUGGAGCGCAUCUGGUCGCACGUGGACGUGUUCGCUUGGGGUCACUUUCUCGGCUGGGCCUUUAAGGCGGUUCUCAUCCGGCACAUGGGCAUCCUGUGGGCCAUCUCGAUCAUGUGGGAGAUUACGGAAAUCACCUUUGCCCAUCUGCUGCCAAACUUUGCCGAGUGCUGGUGGGACGCGAUGAUACUGGAUGUGUUACUGUGCAAUGGGUUCGGCAUUUGGUGCGGACUGCGAAUCUGUAAGCUACUGGAGAUGCGCGAGUACAAGUGGGCCAGCAUACGUGACAUCUUUUCCACAACUGGCAAGCUGAAGCGCGCUGUGCUACAAUUUACUCCCGAAAGUUGGGCCCCCGUACGGUGGCUCGAUCCGAAGUGUACCUAUAUGCGAUUUUUGGCCGUUUCCCAGCUGGUGCUUCUGUGGCAGUUGACCGAGUUGAAUACGUUCUUCCUAAAGCACAUCUUUGAAAUGCCCCCCUCGCAUCCGGUAGUGAUCGGUCGAUUGGUGUUUGUCGGUCUAUUUACGGCACCAUCCGUCCGGCAGUACUACAUCUACGUUACGGAUACCCGCUGCAAGCGGCUCGGAACCCAGUGUUGGGUUUACAUCGCAAUCCUCGUAUCGGAAGCCAUACUUUGCAUCAAGAAUGGUAAAGAACUUUUCGAGCGGACGCAGGUGAAGAACAUUCUGGUGUGGCUGCUGAUACAGGCUGUGCUUUCGGUGCUCUUCGUGUACGGUUGUAUGCUGUGGCACCGAUACGUUGGUGAGGAUGAAUCAAGGGAUGGCUCUCCGGUGAAGAAAGCGAACCGUUCGUUCAAAGACUCUGCCAUCGUGUCAGGCGAUUCCAAAGGCAGCAAAAGCGGUGGUGCAUCGUCGGCCAAAAGCUCACCGAAAUCUACGCCAACCAAAAAUACCCGAUCUCAGCAGAUCUCGCCACCGCACGGCUCAUCGGUGAACGCGGGCCGCGCACACCUUGACUAGGUACAAAUCGGAUACCGGCGCGCGCGCGAUGUACAAUAUUUGAUUAGUUUUUAUACUCUUCUCCCUGUUGACCACCGGUUCGGGGCCCCGCUUGGCGCGCACAGUGUACAUCCUACCGAGAGUACAAAAGAACUAGAGAUUAGCUUUUACAAGCGUGGUUUGUGGUUUCGCGCGAAGAAGGGCCCCGUAGAUUAUCAUAGCGUAUUGCCCUGACCAAGGGGCUGCAGAUCAACCACUAGACUGAGUUCCCCGAUGAAGGAGAUGAUCGAAAGUUUCUUCAUCGAAAACCAAAUAUGCACGAUGACCUUCUUACUGCUACUGUAGUGUACCGUUUGUUCAUUGUUAAUCUUCCACUUUCUACCCAAGUUUGCUCAGUUUCAGUUUGUACAUUAUUAAAUAUAGCCGUUUUUCUGUUCUCUUACCGGUUUCAUGUGCACCCUGCUUCACAUUUGCAUGCUCAGCACCAUCGCUCGGCUUUUUGUGCCAGCAUCCUUUGAACGUGCGUCCUGUAGGUGAUUUGGGGUGCGAGGGCUCACCCAAAUUCGUUAGGUAGUAGCUAGGAUAACAUGAGACAUUGUGUAAGACAAAGAGUUGACAGAAGGGGAGUGAGUUAGAAAAUAAAUGUUUCCAAAUUGUACCGUGCCGCGGCACUGAAGCAUCGCCCACGGAUUCCAGCGGAGGUGUUAGUAAACCAUUUAGACUGAUGGUCGUUUCCAUCGUGUGUAAGUUUGACUCGACAGGCUUCCUAUCUUGCAUUCUACUAUACACACACACAAAUGUUGUACCAUACAAGGUCCGUGUUAGGCAUCGUAAUUUGCAUUGAGCUUAUUCAUUCCGGUCCAAUCGAUGGGUAGCAGCACCAGGGGAUUGAGUGUCGAAGCAUCCGAACAUCCAGCCACCGUGCCACUCUGCGAUCUGACAUAUCUCUGAGCGAAAGGUGGAGGCGCGGAGCUCUGUGGUUUCGAAUUCCUUCGAAUUUUUGUAAAAUGUGCUUCAGCGAGCGCCAAUGGAGAAACAGAAAGUGAGCGAACUGCGCCCUGAGCCCCACCGGGCUGUGAUACCUGCAGUAGUGAAAGAGUGAAGAAACGACAUUGCGAAACUUUUCCUAGGCUUAGACUAAUCAAAAAUCUCUCUAGUCAGUAAGAAACGAAGCGGAAGCAGGAACUGAAAAUAGGAUGUUUCAACUACUCUUCCCACAAACCUCGUGUAGAUGGCCAGAAAUCGGAGGUAGCGUCAACCAAAUAUUCUUUCGCCCUAGGCCAUGCGCUGCGCAGAGUUGGCACCGAUGACGGGGGAUCAGGUUUUAGACAGUUUGUAGUAAUAAUUGAACGUUUUCUCUCGUAUCGUUUUAUGGUUAGUUAUUUGUUUUCGGUUUGUUAUCCAAUGUUUUUGGCAGUAACCGCGAAAACUGUGGGCCAACGCUCGGCCAACGGAGAAAAAUACCUUUAAAAAAUGGAAAUAAACGUGUGAAGAACGUG